UUGAUGGAAAGAUAACCCCCCCUUUAAGUGGAGAUUUUAGACCUUCCCAGUUGCUUGAAUCCACUGUGCAGAUUCGGUCUGAUGUAAACCCAAGCUUAUACGUAUAUACGGUCGCAACCAUGGGUAUCAACACAGAAUAUUUUCAACAUGCUGUUGAAAUUCAAGGCAAGGUCUUGACAAAGGUGCCACUGAAGUUUGAUGCCAAAGUAGAUGUGAAACUGAAAAAUAUUAAGAUUGAAACAACUCCGUGCCGUGAGGAGACCGAGAUAGUGGUUGGAAGACAGAAGGCUUUCGCUGUAUCAAGAAAUAUAGCAGAACUAGGUGUUGAAAAGAGGACCUCAAUUCUUCCUGGAGAUGCCUCAUCAAGUAUUGUGGAAGAACAUUUCAAACCAUCAGAGAGAGCUUCCGGUGAAGGUUUCACAACGCAAGGAGCUGACAGCGCGCCAAAGAAAUAUGCCUCUAGCUCUGAAGAUGUUCGCUAUAGCACAGGAAGAAAAACUCAUAAACGAGACGUUUGCAUCAAACUGCAUCAUCUUGGUUGUCAGCUCUGCUUUUCCAGAAGGUCGAAAGAUGCCAGUUUCCUAAAAGAUACAUAUUUGCACAGGUUAAUUGGAGAACAUGAAGCUAAAAUAGUCGUGAUGCCAGUUGAAACAGAUGGUGACAUUGACAAAAUUCAGUUGGAGAUUCAGGCAGGAUCCAGAGCAGCUUCCAAAAUAAUUCAUGUGGUAAGUUCAGAGUCCGAGGAAGAGAAGGAUUCAUCUCCAUAUGAGGACAUGCAAGCUAAGCUGAAGAAGAUUCUAGGCAUUGAAAAGGUGUUCAAGCUUUCCAAUAAAACAGGACACCCGAAGAAGCGACCUUCUAAGAAAGGAAACACUAUGCUCACAGAGUUUGGGACAGACCCCAGUGCAAAAAAUCUAUCCAGUUCAUCUUCUGCCUCCUCAGCUGACUCUUCUUCUUCCUCAUCAUCUGCUGCUUCUCCUGAUCGUAAAAAGGCUGUGGGUGAAGAUGAGAAUGAUGAAGUAAAGCAAGUGAAAAGCAAAGAUGCAAGCAGCAAGAGCAGUGGUAGCAAGAGCAGUGGUAGCAAGAGCAGUGGCAGCAGUAGCAAGAGUAGUAGCAGCAAGAGCAGCAGUAGCAGGAGUAGUAGCAGUAGCAGCAAGAGCAGUAGUAGCAGUAGCAAGAGCAGUAGUAGCAGUAGCAGCAGCAAGAGCAGCAGUAGCAGUAGAAGUAGCAGUGGUAGCAGUAGAAGUAGCAGUAGUAGCAGUAGAAGUAGCAGUAGUAGCAGUAGAAGUAGCAGUAGUAGUAGCAGCAGUAGUAGCAGCAGUAAGUCUUCCAGUCACCAUAGCCAUGGGCAUCACUCAAGGUAUCUGAACGGCAGCAGCAGUAGUAGCAGUAGUAGCAGGUCAUCAAGUCACCAUAGCCAUGGGCAUCAUUCAGGACAUCUGGAAGAUGGCAGCAGCAGAUAUUCCAAAAUAUGGGAAGAUGAUGAGAUUUAUGGGUAUCGCUUUAAAUCAGCGCAUAGACAAGAGUUCCCUAAAAAGAAACUCCCGGCUGACCAACUUAGCAGCACAUACUCCUCUACCAGAUCCAGUCAUGCCUCAUCUCGAGCUGCUUCCCGGCCUAAGUUUUUGGGAGAUGUUAAAACACCAGUAUUAGCUGUUUUUCUUUACGGCAUUCGUAACGAUAAGAAGAUAGGAGGCCUCCAGCUUGUGGUAUAUGCCGAUAUUGAUUCCAUCAAGCCCCGGAUGCAGGUAUUCGUGUCAAACCUCACAGAUUCAAGCAAGUGGAAGCUCUGUGCUGAUGCUUCAGUCCUCAAUGCCCACAAGGCAGUGGCUUACCUGAAAUGGGGCAGGAAUUGCCAGGACUACAAGAUUUCAACUGAGCUGGUCACUGGGCGGUUUGCUGCCCAUCCUGCUGUGCAAGUGAAACUGAAGUGGCCGAAAGUUCCUUCAAGCAUCAGAUCCGUAGCAGAAUGGUUUUACAAGUUUGUUCCUGGGGCUGCGUUUAUGCUGGGGUUCUCUGAAAAAGCAGACAAGAAUCCUUCUCGACAAGCAAAAGUGAUCGUGGCCCUGACUUCUCCAAGGACAUGUGAUGUUGUCAUCAAGCUUCCUGAUGUGAUCCUCUAUGAAAAAGCCAUGAGGCUUCCCCUGUCACUCCCUGUAGGUCCGAAGAUACCAGCUUCAGAGCUGCAGCCUCCCAUCUGGAAUGUCUUUGCUGAGGCCCCCUCUGCAGUGCUCGAGAAUUUAAAAGCUAGCUGCUCAGUUUCCUAUAACAAGAUCACAACCUUUAACGACGUUCAGUUUAACUACACAAUGCCAGCAAACUGCUACCACGUCUUGGCUCAGGAUUGCAGCUCUGACCUGAAGUUCCUGGUGUUGAUGAGGAAUGCUAAAGAAGCUAUAAGCCUGAAAGAAAUCAACAUCAAGUUCGGCAGCCAUGAAAUUGAUAUGGAACCUGCGAACGGAUGGGUGAAACUGCGGGUGGAUGGGGUUGAAAGCCCCAAGACCAAUGUUUCAUACGUAUCUGCUGAUGCUUCCCUGUGGAUCCGCAGUGAAAAGCAAGGGCUUGAACUUGUUGCCCCAGCCUAUGGCAUUGAUAAAUUAUACUUUGAUGGAUACACAUUCAAGAUUCAAGUUGCUUUAUGGAUGGCAGGGAAAAUGUGUGGAAUUUGUGGAAAAUAUGAUGCAGAAUGUGAACAGGAAUAUCGGAUGCCCAAUGGAUAUCUGGCUAAAGAUGCAGUGAGCUUUGGGCAUUCUUGGAUGCUGGAAGAAAAGCCUUGUACAGGAGCCUGCAAACUGCGCCGCUCCUUUGUGAAGCUUGAGAAGACGGUUCAGCUUGCGGGCGUAGAGUCCAAGUGCUAUUCUACAGAGCCUGUGCUGCGCUGUGUGAAAGGAUGCUCUGCCACCAAGACUACUCCAGUCACUGUUGGUUUCCACUGUCUCCCAGCUGAUUCAGCUACCAGCCUGACAGACAAACAGACAAAGUUUGACCAGAAGUCAGAGGAUAUCCAGGACACUGUUGAUGCACACAUUGCAUGUUCCUGUGAGAACGAAGACUGUGGUGCAUGA